AUGGCACCUACACUCACAGAUCUGGUUGCAAAAAUUAAUCAAUCAUAUAACUCAAAGGACUUCAGUACUUGUAAGAAACUGCUUCCUGCCGUUAAAAUUGAAUUGAUUAAAAACAAUAUACUCAUUCCUGAUGUCAAUAAUACAAAUGAACAAUACUUGCAAGAUAUCCUAUUCACAAGGAAGAUUUUCGAAAUUGGAGCCUUGGUGAGCAUUUACACGUUGGAUUUUGAGCAAUUCUAUAGUUACUUUGCCCAAUUGAGAACCUUCUAUUUCUCGAAGAAUGAAAAACUAUCCCAAUCGGAAGAUAAAUCAAAGAUUAUUAGCCUUUAUCUCCUGACAUUGCUUUCAGAAGGUGACGUAACCAAAUUCCACAGUGAAUUAGAGUAUUUCGAUAAACACAUUCAAAACAUUGAAGAAGACCAAUUGCUUUCUUACCCAAUCAAGGUCGACAGAUGGUUAAUGGAAGGUUCAUACCAAAAAGCUUGGGGUUUAUUAGAAGCGGGGUCCAAGGUUCCUGAGUUUGACGUUUUCACAAAAACACUAAUGAAUGCUAUCAGAGACGAAAUUGCGAGAAACACUGAAUUGGCCUACAAAAAUCUUCCUUUAACAAGCAUAAAGGCACUGCUGUUUAUAAAUAAUGAGAAGGAAACAGAACUGUUUGCCAAAGAAAGAGGUUGGAAAAUCAGUCGAGGCACUAUCUAUUUCCAUGAAGAAAAUGCCAAUGAAUUAGAUGAAGAAAAACUUGAUAUAGUUGACAAAGCCUUGGACUAUGCUAUAAAUAUUGAAAGUAUUGUAUAG